AUGCGGUUGCUCAAGGCGGUUGCUGCGGUCGUCGGGCUGGGCUCUGUCGCGCCCACGGUCGUCAGUGCGCAGGGCGAAACCAGAACCCAUGAAAAGGGUCGUUGUGCUAUUCGAGGUCAUUGUGGAAAGCAAUCUAUCUUCGGUGGAGAACUUCCCUGUCCCGAUAAUGGUCUGGCACAUCGACCGGAGGACGCAGUGCGCCAGAAACUAGUAAAUCUGUGUGGCAGUAAAUGGAGCGAAGGCCCGGUCUGCUGCCUAGAGGAACAGAUCGAUGCGCUUUCCAGUAACCUCAAACUGGCCGAGGGAAUCAUUGCAUCCUGCCCUGCCUGCCGGGACAACUUCUUCAACAUCUUUUGCACCUUCACUUGCUCUCCGGAUCAGUCCCUGUUCGUCAAUGUCACAAAAACAGAAGAAAACAGUUCCGGCAAACGACUUGUGACUGAGUUGGACAAUAUUUGGUCUGAAGAGUACCAGAGUGGGUUCUAUGAUAGUUGCAAAAAUGUGAAAAAUGGUGCUUCGGGUGGAAAGGCCAUCGACUUCAUCGGUGGCGGCGCAAAAGAUUAUGCGCAUUUCUUGAAAUUCUUGGGUGACAAGAAGUUCCUCGGGAGCCCCUUCCAGAUUAACUAUCACACAGAACCCACUGGAUCCGAUCCGCAGGGAAUGAAGGCUUUGUCAAUCAAACCAAAGGCCUGUAACGACGAGGACAAGAAUUUCCGAUGCUCCUGCGUCGACUGCCCUGAUGUGUGUCCGGAGUUGCCCGCCAUCUCCCCCCACAAGAUAUGCCAUGUAGGACUUUUACCGUGUCUUUCUUUUGCAGUCAUCCUUGUUUACUCAAUAUUCUUGUUGUUUGUCAUGGCUCUUGCCAGCUAUUUCACAUACAAGGAACGUCGAUUCCGCAAACCAGAGCGAGUGCGCCUGCUACAGGAUCCCACGCCCAGCGACGAUGAAGAUGAAGGAGACGUCGUUCACCGGGGGGGAUACAUGGAACGCCCACAGGGAGUGUAUAAGCUCAAUUCUGUGCUUUCAUCCUUGUUCCACAGAAUCGGUGGCGCUUGUGCACGGUUCCCGGCAAUCACGAUAUCCUCCAGCGUCGUUGGGGUUGCACUACUAAGUUUAGGAUGGUUGCGGUUUACUGUCGAAACAGACCCGGUACGAUUGUGGGUCAGCCCGUCAUCUGCAGCGGCACAAGAGAAGGAUUUCUUUGAUCAAAGCUUUGGUCCAUUCUUCCGAGCUGAGCAGGCAUUUUUGGUGAAUGACCGCCCAGCGAAUAACUCGCGUCCUCUCUUGGACUAUGAAACCCUUACUUGGUGGUUCGACGUUGAGUCUCGUGUGCGCCGCGUGAUCUCGUUGGACCAGGCUCUCAGUCUCGAUGACGUUUGUUUCAACCCCACCGGGGAAGCUUGUGUUGUGCAGUCGCUCACUGGAUAUUUCGGUGGUUCUGUUUCGAACCUGGAUCCGGAUACAUGGAAGGACCGACUAAGGCAUUGUGCAGCAUCCCCCGGAGAUCCAAGCUGUCUCCCCGAUUUCUCGCAGCCUCUCAAACCGGAAAUGAUUCUUGGCGGAUAUGAAGAUACUGGUGAUAUUCUAGAUGCCCAGGCGCUCAUUGUCACCUGGGUAGUAAACAACUACGAACAGGGGACAGAAGAUGAAGCGAAAGCUAUCGAUUGGGAAAAGACUUUCCAGACCGUUCUCGGAGUGGUCCAAGAAGAAGCUGCUGAGCGAGGCCUACGCGUGUCUUUCAAUUCCGAGGUUAGCCUGGAGCAGGAGCUCAACAAGUCUACCAACACAGACGCGAAGAUUGUUGUCAUCAGCUAUCUUAUCAUGUUCUUCUACGCCUCAAUGGCCCUGGGCUCAGUCACGGUUACCUGGAGGUCUCUGCUGACCAACCCGUCAAAUGCUCUUGUCCAGUCUAAAUUCACACUAGGCAUUGUGGGCAUCGUCAUUGUCUUGAUGUCUGUCUCUGCAUCGGUCGGGCUUUUCUCUGCGGCAGGUGUCAAGGUAACCUUGAUAAUCGCCGAAGUCAUCCCCUUCUUGGUCCUGGCAGUCGGUGUAGACAACAUCUUCUUGAUCGUUCACGAGUUCGAGCGAGUCAACAUCAGCCAUCCUGACGAGGAGAUUGACGAGCGCGUUGCCCGAGCGGUCAGCCGCAUUGGACCUAGCAUCUUCCUGUCUGCGUUGACAGAGACCGUGGCCUUUGCCCUGGGUACCUUUGUCGGCAUGCCUGCCGUCAAGAACUUUGCCGCAUAUGCUGCGGGCGCCGUGUUUGUCAAUGCUAUUCUACAAAUGACCAUGUUCAUCUCUGUGUUGGCUCUCAACCAAAAGCGCGUGCAGAGUCUUCGUGCGGACUGUGUCCCUUGUCUCACUGUCCGAAAGGCAAACUCUUUCGGCUUUCCCGAAGAACGCUACGAUAGUCAUGAGGCAGAAAGUAUUUUGCAAGCGUUUAUUCGUCGGGUCUACGCGCCCUUCCUUCUGGAUCGCCGUGUCAAAGUCGGCGUUGUUAUCUUUUUCUUGGGUCUCUUGACGGCCGGUCUGGCCCUCAUCCCUGAGGUUGCUCUUGGCUUAGAUCAGCGGAUUGCGCUCCCCAGCGACUCGUAUCUCAUUCCAUAUUUCAAUGACUUGGAUUCAUAUUUUGGCACGGGGCCUCCGGUCUAUUUUGUGACUCGCAACGUGAAUGUCACCGAACGAAGCCACCAGCAACAGCUUUGUGGACGUUUUACCACUUGCGAGGAAUAUUCACUGCCAUUUAUUCUGGAACAAGAGUCUAAGCGUCCAGAAGUUUCUUAUCUCGCAGGCUCCGCCGCCAGCUGGAUCGAUGAUUUCUUCUAUUGGUUGAAUCCCCAGCAAGACUGCUGCAAAGAGAAUGGCAAACUUUGCUUCGAGGAUCGUAUUCCUGCGUGGAAUAUUUCCCUCUCAGGGAUGCCAGAAGGAGCUGAAUUUAUCCAUUAUGCCGAGAAAUGGAUUGGUGCUCCCACGGAUGCCUCUUGUCCUCUUGGUGGCAAAGCACCCUACAGCAAUGCUUUAGUCAUUGACGACAAGCAUCAAACGAUAAAUGCCAGUCAUUUCCGUACCAGCCACACGCCACUACGGAGCCAGGAUGAGUUUAUCGAGGCAUACAUUGCAGCUCGCCGAAUCGCAUAUGAUAUCUCCAAGGAACACGGUAUCGAUGUAUUCCCGUACUCCAAGUUCUACAUCUUCUUUGACCAAUAUGUCUCCAUCGUGCGACUUACCGGUACCCUGCUUGGGUCGGCUGUGGCUAUCAUCUUCGUCUUGACCUCUGUGAUACUGGGGUCUGUAGCGACGGGUGCUGUUGUCACCACCACGGUUGUCAUGAUAGUGGUCGACAUUAUCGGCACCAUGGCGAUAGCCGGCGUCUCCUUGAAUGCCGUGUCUCUUGUCAAUUUGGUCAUUUGUGUGGGCAUUGGUGUCGAAUUCUGUGCUCACAUCGCCCGAGCGUUCAUGUUCCCCGCUCGGCCGAUCAUGGAGAAAGUGCCUGCCGAAUUCCGCGGUAAGGAUGCUCGAGCGUGGACGGCCUUGGUCAAUGUUGGGGGUACUGUCUUCAGUGGUAUCACGGUCACCAAACUUCUGGGUGUUUGUGUGCUUGCGUUUACGCGGAGUAAGAUCUUUGAGAUCUAUUACUUCCGCGUGUGGCUAGCGCUGGUGCUCUUCGCUGCUUCACAUGCGCUCGUCUUUCUACCAGUCGCUCUCAGCUACUUUGGUGGUGGUGGUUACUUUGACCCUGCAUCCGACGGUGGCCUUGAGGCCAAUCUGGCUUCUCGUGGCUACCGCUCAUCGCUGAUUCAUGAUGACUAUGACUCUGAUGAAUAUUAG